AGGCCUGUCAGGGAAGAGGUCCCCCCCCCUUUCCUGCCUCCCUUCUUUCUCUCGUGUCUGAGCUGCAGAGAGGAGCCCACCAUGCCUGGAAUCCUGCUGGGAGACGAGUUCCCCAACUUCGAGGCCGACACCACCGUCGGCAGGAUCAAGUUCCACGACUUCCUGGGAGGCUCAUGGGGAAUCCUGUUCUCCCACCCAAGGGACUUCACUCCCGUCUGCACCACUGAGCUCGCCUGUGCCGCAAAGCUCACCGAUGAGUUUAAGAAACGAGGAGUGAAGAUGAUCGCUUUGUCUAUUGACAGUGUUGAGGAUCACAAAGCCUGGAGCAAGGAUGUGAUGUCAGUCAGUAGUGCGGCCGACAACGAUCUGCCCUUCCCCAUCAUCGCGGAUGACAAGAGAGAGCUGUCCGUCAAGCUGGGCAUGCUGGACCCUGAUGAGAGAGACAAGGAUGGAAUGCCCCUCACCGCUCGCUGUGUCUUUGUGAUUGGCCCUGACAAGAGGCUGAAGCUGUCCAUCCUCUACCCCGCCACCACAGGAAGGAACUUCAAUGAGUUGCUCCGAGUUAUCGACUCCCUGCAGCUCACCGCGCAGAAGAAGGUCGCCACACCUGUCGACUGGAAGCCUGGUGAUAAGGUCAUGGUCAUUCCCUCACUCUCUGAGGCUGAGGCUGCUAGUCUCUUCCCCAACGGUGUGACCACUAAAGAGGUGCCUUCUGGGAAGAAAUACCUGCGCUACACCCAGCCCUGAAAACACAAUAGAGACUACAUCCUCCUGUAGUUUACUGAUCUUUGACCUGGAACACUUUGGAUGAUAACUCGCAUAUAACUGACCAAAGGCCUACAUGCACCUAUCUGCUUUAGUGACUAUUUUCCUUUUAGUCAUGCAAUGUGUUCAUCAAUCACCCAGUAGCAUUUCAGGAGUAGGUGUACAGUGCCUUUUUGCCUUCCUUCAAUAAAACAGACUUUUCACACAC